AUGCCUUCACUUCAUGGUCUUUGGUCGCAUAUUAAUGUUACUUUGGCUAAUCUGACAAAUAACAGAGAUGAUGAUGGUGAUCACAUCGAUUCCGAUACACCCCGCUCUGGUGUCGCGACCCCACAACCAGAUCCUUCAGACAAGCGAACUCCUGGUAUCUUGCAUAGCUUUUAUGGACAGGUUGGUUUAGGUUCUUCCUCAAGUCAAAAUCCUUCGAAACAUACAUCACAUACAUCACAAAAUCCUAACACAGGUGAUCUUGAGAGUUACUAUACUUCCCCACGACAGAGAUUUGAAACAGGGGAUGCGUUGUUAAAAGUCACUCCAGGUUCCCUCAAUGAACCCAGGAUUGAUUGUGAAGUAGAGAAAGAAAACUCACUACUUCCACCACAUGAACUUUUGGGUAGUUCUCAAAUAUCUAAGCAACAAUAUCUCUAUCCGACACCGCCUGUUUCACAUCCGUCCUCACUACAUAAGGUGAAAUUGAGUGAUGCGAGUUUUGAAGAUAUUGGCAAUAAUGUACAGAAAACGGCAGCUCCUACAGAUCGAGAUUGUAUUUCGGAAUCAAUUCCGUCACAUGCAAGAGCUUCGUCUAUGACACCAUUGUCAAACAUUGUCACUCCAUCAAAUGUUCAUGCUGCACAUUUUUCAAAUCCAAGCGAUACCCCUUCCGAGCACAAACUUAACACUCCUCCAUUAACCCGAUUGAAUUCUGAAUUCCACAAGUCACCAUCUUAUGAUCGACUCAAGAAGCUAACUUGUGAUGGAUUAAAGAGCAUACCAUCAACACCCACUCGAGCUUUAUCGAAUCAAACCUCGAAGUCAGAUCAAAGUGUUAUGAGCACAAAUUCUGAACAUAUCGCACAAAAUGGCAAAUCAGGCACGAGUGAGCGACCGGCUACUACUUCUCGUACUGAUAGUAGUUUGGGAGGAGCAGUGGUACCACCAAAGGGCAAACUUACUGUGAAGAUUAACGAAGCCAGAGGAUUGAGAAAGAGCGUGGAUCCUUACGUUGUAGCCGUUUUCCAACGAAACGAGCUGGUAUCAAAAGGACCACAAUCAGAAGAGGAUGAUGAGGAUGAUGGCAACUCACAUAGCCCCGGCGGCAUUCCGAUUGGUGGCAUUCCGAUUACGCGAACUGGAAGUGACUCCGGUCGUUCCAUGGCAAUUCCAAUGAAGAGUAGGCAAAGCAGCAAUACUAGUUUGUCGGAAUACAGAGAUUUUAAGAACAAGGGCCGAAAAAUGUUUACCCACCCAAAAUGGGAUGCUGAAGCUGUCUUUGAUGUUGUUGGCUCAGAUACAAGAGUCAAUAUAACCAUUUACGACCGAGCUCAACAAGCAGAAGAAUUUUUGGGUCAUGUUGAUCUUCAAGCCAAUCUUGUUGAGAAUAUCGAUGCUCCAGUUUCCGGCUGGUUUCAACUUCGUGGCAAAGACAUGACAUCGAAUGCAGGAAAUGUAGGCGAGGUUCACGUCGAAAUUUCCUUCCAGCGAACAGAGAAGAGACAUUAUGGACCAGAUGAUUUUCAGAUUCUGAAGCUUAUCGGAAAGGGUACAUUUGGUCAAGUCUAUCAAGUACGGAAGAAGGAUACAAAGAGAAUCUACGCUAUGAAAGUUCUUCAAAAGAAGGUUAUUGUUCAAAAGAAGGAAGUUGCUCACACCGUUGGCGAGAGAAAUAUCCUUGUUCGAACAGCUACAGCCGAUUCUCCAUUCAUUGUCGGUCUUAAAUUCUCCUUCCAGACACCAACAGAUUUAUAUCUUGUCACAGAUUAUAUGUCUGGAGGCGAAUUGUUCUGGCAUUUGCAAAAGGAAGGAAGAUUUGAUGAGCAGCGUGCCAAAUUUUACAUUGCGGAACUUAUCCUAGCACUUGAACAUCUUCACAAACAUGAUAUCGUCUAUCGGGAUUUGAAACCAGAGAACAUCUUGUUGGACGCGAACGGACACAUUGCUUUGUGUGACUUUGGUCUAUCGAAAGCGAACCUUACGAAGAAUGCCACGACUAAUACAUUCUGUGGUACUACAGAGUACCUUGCACCUGAAGUUCUUUUGGAUGAAGCUGGAUAUACAAAGAUGGUUGAUUUCUGGUCUCUAGGAGUCUUGGUGUUUGAGAUGUGUUGUGGAUGGAGUCCAUUCUAUGCCGAAGAUACACAACAAAUGUACAAAAAUAUCGCUUUUGGUAAAGUUCGAUUUCCAAGGGAUACUUUGACUACCGAGGGUCGAAACUUCGUCAAAGGAUUACUUAACAGAAAUCCCAAACAUCGUCUUGGAGCCACAGAUGAUGCUGAAGAAUUGAAGAGACAUCCUUUCUUCCAGGACAUUGAUUGGGAUGCUCUUACCAAGAAGCUUAUCACUCCCCCUUUCAAGCCAAAGUUGAAGUCAGAGACCGAUACAUCCAAUUUCGAUCCUGAGUUCACCAAUGCUUUGAAUGGUGCAUCAUCACUCAACGCACGUGCAGCUGCCCUUGCUGCAGGCAUGGCAACAUCAACACCAUUAUCCCCAGGCAUGCAAGCAAACUUCAAGGGCUUUACAUUUGUUGAUGAAAGCUCGAUUGAAGAAAACAUGAGAGAUAGAGUCAAAGACGAAUACGAGGAUCGAAUGGAUCAAGACCAUAAUGAUCCAGAACGUGAUUGGGAGGACCCAUUUGAUAUUCCUGAUAAAUCACGCGUGGAUCGAAUGAGUGGUGUAGUGAGGAAUCACAAUGAAGAUGAACGAAUGUUCAAUGGUGAUGACUUCCAUUGA